AUGGCGGGAUCAAAUGAUCUGGAGGCCAACAACAGGAUGUCGCGUGGGUCUGAGGCUGUCGACGAUGGAUUCUCAGAAAAGCCUCUAAACCAGGGAACAGGUUCAGGAAUACACGCGUCCGUCUACAUAAUAACAUGGAUCUUCUUUUCCAACACCACGAUUCUCUUCAACAAGUGGCUAAUUGACACUGCUGGAUUCCGAUAUCCUAUCAUCCUCACAACAUGGCAUCUUGUCUUUGCAACAAUAGCAACACAACUCCUUGCUCGCACUACGUCUCUUCUCGAUUCACGCCAUUCACUCCCAAUCACUCGACGACUCUACAUACGGACCAUUCUCCCUAUCGGCGUCCUCUACUCGGCCUCGCUUGUCUUCUCCAACAUCGUGUACCUCUAUCUGUCUGUUGCUUUUAUUCAGAUGCUCAAAUCUACCGGCCCUGUCUGCACUCUUGUGGCAUCGUGGGUAUGGGGUGUCGCUCAACCAGAUAGUAAGACAUUUGGCAACAUCAUGCUCAUUGUUGCCGGUGUCGCCAUUUCCAGUUUUGGAGAGAUCGAGUUCUCCUGGUGGGGUUUUCUCUUUCAGAUGUGCGGCACUAUUGCCGAAGCCGUGCGUGUUGUCAUGAUCCAGGUCAUGCUCAGUGCCGAGGGUCUCCGUAUGGAUCCUCUUGUCGGCCUCUACUACUACGCACCUGUUUGUACCCUUAUGAACAUGUUCGUUGUCUUGUUUAGUGAAGGCCCCCGAUUCAAGUGGGAAGAUGCAGCUCAAGCCGGUUAUGGCGUCCUGCUUGCCAAUGCUUGCCUUGCAUUCUUCUUGAAUGUCAUCAGCGUCUUCCUCAUCGGUAAAACAUCAGGACUUGUCAUGACUCUGAGUGGUAUUCUUAAGAGCAUCCUUCUCGUGGCUGCUUCUGUUGUGCUUUGGGGUACUCACAUCUCCCUUACGCAAACACUUGGAUACGCUGUUGCCCUUAUGGGUCUUGUUCUAUAUUCGAUCGGUUACGAACAACUCCUCAACAUGUGGGAAGAAGCCGUUGCAUGGGGUACCGGUACCCUAAAUCGAGAGGGCGAGAUGUCUUCUACUUUACGCAAAGGCAUCAUGAUUGGAUGUUUGGGUUUCAUCACCGUGAUAAUUGCUGGCGCGUUAUGGCACUAUCAUGGGUUAUCUAGCGAGCAUGUAACUCGGGUGACCUCGUCGUGGUUUGCCCAUUGA